GGCGAUGUUUUGUAUGUACGCAAGCAGAUAAAAAGGGAGAAAAAUCGCGCAAACUGGUUCAUUGCGGUCAAAAAUACAUACGAACGAAGAUACGAAGGAAAUAAAGGAAAAAACUAUUUUUUUGGCGCACCUUAAGUGCUAGCCUAAAGAAUUUACUUUGUUUUCUAUUUUAGUUAGAGCGGCAGUUUCUAACAUUCCAAAAAAUUAGUUAGAACAUAUCGACGCUAAUCACGACAAAAUCGCGAAUGGUAAAAAUACCGUGAAUCAUUAACUGCCGAUAGUGUUAAAUAGAGAGUUGCUAGGAAGGAAAGGAAUCACGAGGUUGUGUAGUGAAGCAGAAUAUCGAUUUGGUGCAGCAUUUCCACGGAUUUGAACGGGAGUCUUACGGCUCGUUUAUAACGCGUGGAGGUGUGGAGGGAUCUUCGCUUGAGGCGGGCACGAGCAGGUGGAUCACAAGCCGUGAUGCAAUACCAAUAAUGCAGGUGCGGGACCAUUUCGCGACUGAUUCGAACUAUAGAUCCAGGGCUGCAAUAGUAACUACUGGCAACGAAGGUGAGACCUUUUGGCAACGAGACAUACUAAAUCGCUACUAUCGGGAAUUUAUGCUUCGAUUUUCGCAAGCGGAAACGCUGCGUUUGCAAGAGGCUGAGAAAAAGCGCAAGAUCCACGAAAUGCAACAACAAAGACGACAACGAAUCAAAGUACUAGAGCGUGAAUGGUGUUAUCUCAACGAUUGUGAGAGGCUUGAGCUCCAAAAGGAUGAAGAACGGUGCCGGGCAACAAAUCGUUCGGGCGCACCAAGUUUUAAUCAACCGGGAUACGAGCAUAUGCACAAUUCGCAAUUCGUUGAGAGGUAUGAUGAUGAAAGGCCCGGAGACACUUCUUGGGGUCAACCCGCAAUCCCACCGUGUAUUGACCUCGACCGCGAUGAUGACGCAAAAUGGAAGCACAGCGAUGACAUCACAACUACACACACAAUCUCCGAGAAACGUCACUAUCGCGCGACGAUACACAAUAUACACAAAUCUGAAUCGUUCACUAACACCAACAACGCGAUAACGCACACGAACACUGCUUUGGAGGAUACGUUUAUCGAAGCUCAUCACCGACUCUGGCUGCGUCCUGAUGGGUUGAAAGAUGUUCCAAUUGGCGUUGGGACCGCUAUUGAAAGGCAAAAGCUGAUCGUGAAACCUGAUGCUGAAAAACCAUCGGAGUCAGGUGUCCACUCUGAACCCUGCUUAGCAAGCUCGCUCGAUAAAGACAUACAACGGCUAAGAUUGAAACCGCGUCAUGAGAAGCUGCGAUUAUGGAAGCGACGUUUGAAAGAGGAGACUACUUCGGGCGGGGGAUCGAACUGUGUCCCACGUUCGACAGCGAAGGACAAUUCUAUCACGCAAUCCAAAGGGAUUGUCCCUUUCGUGAUGGUUCUUGGUGUUAUACUUUUCCGGCGGCAGUUUCAUGGGACAACAACAGUGGUGUGGUGGUACGUACGGCUGAAACAAACACUCUUUUUAAUUUCAGUUGUAAUGGACAAUAAACGAUCGAUGGGAUACUUAUAUCAAAUCACCGGAGCAUUCCAUGGACCAAACUAGUGCUGGGUUCAGUCGAUAAAAAGCUGCGCGAGCAUCCGUGCGUAGACCGCGUGUGAGGAAGGGAGGUGUGAGGUAGGCAGCGCACGGUAUCCCGUAUAGCAAUAGUAUCAAGAUACACAGCGUGAACUUUAGGAUGCGAGUGCUAUCGGUUAUACAGAUACGUGCGAGACGAAACAAUACGCACGUGUAAUAUGCGGCCGGGUUAUUUUGCGUAGAAACAAUAGUAAGGACGACAGGAGCCAAAUCAAGUUGCAAGCCACCCCUUUGUUUAACAAAGCGGCUUAGAUAGAAAAGCACGAUUAACCAGCGGAAGAUAAACAAACAUCAACUGACAGUCGAGCUAGGAGUGAGAGACAGUUAACGUGAUCUAGAUCACUUGUUAGAAAGAGAGCUAACUGUAUCACACUCGGGGGGACAAUUUUGGAAACUGUUGUAAGGUUUCCAACGGACUGUCAGCUGAGGCGAUGUUUUGUAUGUGCGCAAGCAGAUAAAAAGGGAGAAAAAUCGCGGAAACUGGUUCAUUGCGGUCAAAAAUACAUACGAACGAAGAUACGAAGGAAAUAAAGGAAAAAACUAAUUUUUUGGCACACCUUAAGUGCUAGCCUAAAGAGUUUACUUUGUUUUCUAUUUUAGUUAGACCGGCAGUUUCUAAGCAUUGUUAUAAUUAUAAUACGUGAAGUUGUUACAGCUGUUAAAGCUGAUUGCUGUUAAAAAUGAUAGCCUAAUAGUAAUAAUAUAAUUUAUUUAUACUCAUGAAUUAUCAAUGAGUGCUAUCUUUGCAAUUACUGCUCUUUUUUAUGUUUGUUCAAAAAUUGUUGCUUUUCUAAUUAUCAUGUAAAAAAAACGAUAUUAAGACAUGAUAAUCUAUUAAUUUGCUCAUCCACGGCGAUUAAAACAGGUGUUCAAAAAUGUUGCUUGGGUUUGUGGUAAACAGGCGUUACGCGUAACGCUAGCGUAACGUAGAGGGCUGAGCCUUACUUUUACCUCAAUUUGCUUAUCCACGACGAUUAAACCAGGCGUUCAAAAAUGCUGCUUGGGUUUGCGCUAGACAGAUGUUACUCGUAACGCUAGCGUAAUGUAGAGGGCUGAGCGUUACUUUUCCCAAAUAAUUCAUUAUGCGAUCUAUGAGGUCCCAGGGUGUUUGUCCUGGAUAGUAACUGGGAAACAUUUUAAUGAUAACGGAAGCUGGGGAACAAUUACCAAAUGUACAAACCAAAAUGUAAGCAUCGCUAGCGGAGCAUCGCUAAGUCAGUAUACCAAAUGAAGUCAGUAUCCCAAGAAAAUAUAUAGCAUUCAGUUAACAGCAUAGAUUUUGGAGGUGGAGUUAAUUUCUUCAUGUUCAUAGCACCCUGAUAGCAAAUCUUGCAGAAAGUAUUUGGUGGGUAUGAGUUAAAUCGAAUUAAACAGUUUUGAAGAGUUAAGCAAUCGGUUUGAUCUGAUACUGCAUAGGGCCGAGAAACGUGGAUCCCCGGACGUGUUGGUGAAUGGUGCAGAUAGAGAGAAGGAAAUAUUCACUGUAAUAUGCCUAUCACUUCAAUAACAGGAGAGCCAAUGAACUAGCGCCCCAUUUACUCCAUAGCUUGAUAGUUUUGAAAUAAGCAUUGAGUGAUUUACGGAUUCAAAGGCAACAUUGACGCUGUUGGCUGUUAUAAUAAAUUCAUAAACUUUAUGUAAACGGUGUAGUUUUUUUCAUCCGAUUUCCUUCUUUUGAUGAGUUAUCCCAAGUAUACAUGAACGAUGCGCAUGUAUUAGUCAGAUUAGAGCUGAUGCAAAAAACGGUAUGAUCCACGCGGCGAUUAUUGCUUCAAAAGGAUGAGAGGUUUCUCUAAAAAAAAUAUUUUUAUAAGAAAAUUUAGAUAAAAAAAUGCAAGAGAGAAAAAUGAUUCAUUUUAACCAACGCUUCAAUCGUUGCUUUUGCGAACGCUUCAAACGCAUACGUAUAAGAUAAAAAAUCACACUCACAAAACGCCAUCUCAUGUAAAUGCACUGAAUAUACAGCAGUGUGAGUGCUUGUUAUGCGAGUAAAAUGUUAUACGCACACCAUUCGAAGCCAUCAUAGACAUUUUUUCUCUCAAAUAAAACAUUUUAAUGUUGCGAAAGACACAGCUCUUGAGUAAUGUAUUGUGGUCCUGAAAAGGACCGUUUGAUUUGAGACUCCACAUGGAAGUUUUAUAGAGA